AUGCUGCAUCAUCUGAGCCUUCCCUCUCUCCGCUCUGCUCAGUCAUCCGGAACCGGCGUACCCGGCAAACGCGUCACGCGGAAACCUUCGGGCUUGUUCAGCACCAGCCUCUCAAAGCUCUCACCCAAGUCGCGCUCGUGCUCCUUUGAGGCUACAAAGCCAGCCGGGGACAUAGAUCUCGACAGCGACGAGGAUGAUGCGAAGCCUCGCCAGCCGUCGAAACUCACCCCCAUAGGCUCCGAGGAAGAACCGCACAAUGCUGCUCGAUCCAACAUGGGCGCCAAGCCCUGGCACCAAUCUACCCUGCUGCCGGCGCCGAGGAAGGGAAACCCUAUUCAUAGCCGAUACCCGGACUCUUCCGCCUCUGGCAGCCGCUCCGAGUCUUCGCCCGGGAUCUCGUCCGAGAGCAGCGAGCACUUCCAAGGGUUGAUGGGCGAUCUCAAGCUCGAUGCCUUUGACUCGGACGCCUCGAUUUUAGGGGACUUUGACCGUCACCAUCGGACAACUUCCUCCUCGUAUCCCUCUCACGGGAAAGCUUCUACUCGAAUUCAGUCGCCAGAGUCAAUGUACCGCCCCAACAGGCUCAGUUUUACCAACCUAUCACGCUACGGCAGGGCCAAUGACCGACUAUCGAACCUCCGGUCAACUCUGGCCUCAGAUGAAAGCUACGACGUGACCAUGAACACCACCGUCUCCGACGUCUUGACAGAGGCCGACACCGCCAUCGCCGAGUGGCAGGACCACCAGCAGCUUCGGCCAGCAGAAGCCUCACUCCACAGAAUCCCGCUCUUGGAGAGCACGGAGAUCCUCCCCGGCGAUUCUGCCUCCCAGCAGCCGAGCCCCUCCGGAGGGCAUCUACCAUGUGCCAGUCCCGGCUCAGCGACUGGCAGAUUGACUUGGCGGAGCGGCAGUCCCAUGAAGAAUCAGUACGAUGGCAUUCACGAAGCGAACAAUCGGCACCAGAGCCCCGAUUCUACCAGGCAGCCGCCGUGCACGCCCGCGAACCAGAACCCGCAAAGGCCGUCGAAGCGGAAAGCCUCCGUCUUCUCCCUCCGCAGCCGUACGGGCUCCAUAUCCAAGCACCGCAAGUUUGGUCUGCGCCAAUGGGCCAGCAGCGUCUAUCAGCAAGGGAGCAAGAGGCUUGCUACCCGGCUCAAGUGGAUACGCCCGGCUCGGCGGGAUCGGGGGCUGUUUGAAUCGUGGAGAAUGCGCCAUCGCGGGACAAGCCAGGAGCCAUCGUCUCCCUGCAGAGAAAAGGCCGAGAGGACGGCUGAGCACAGGGUUUGUCCCACUGCGGGCUGGUGGGAUGAAGGGGUGAGUCGGUUCCAGGCGCCCGACUACAUGAAUUUCUAG